UAUACUCUCUCGUCUCAUUUCUUGCUCAAUAAAUGCUCUGAUCUCAGUUUCAGAAACACUUCAUAAUUUCAACAACUCAGACCUUCAAUAAUCUCUCAUAUGAUAUUACCCAAACCCAAUUCACUAACUUCUUCAAGAAACACUUUAGAGAAUUGAAGUUCAAUAUAUCAGAAUGGCUUUAGAUGCUGUAACCAGUCUAAUCAAAAUAGUAGAGCAAGACCUUAUGGAGCCUUUCACGCAGCAGAAUAUAAAACUAAAAUUUAAGGAAGAGAACAAAUUUUGUAAAGUGAUAAAUCUGAUUCAUAUUGAAAUGAACUAACUGAGCUGUUUUUAUACAAGGAGAAGGUGGGAAAGCUAACAAUCUAACAAACUAUCAUAACAGCCUUUCUAACUGACUUCUUAACUGAAAGUAGUUCAGCAAUCAAACUUGUAUAUCCCCUGAAAGAGCCCGAACUACUUUCGAUUUUUGAUGCUGGAGGAAUGAAGGUGUGGCUGCUCGAAACCAUCGAGAUGCUGUCUGCCAAGCUCUGCAUUCUGCAAGCAUUUUUGGAGGAGAGGAAAAUGUGGAAUGGCUGGUUUGAUGAUAACGUUGCUGGAAUAUAUGACGAGUAUGAAAUAAAAUAUAAACUGGGACUAGUCUAUUCGGAAGCUAAAUGCGGACAUCUUAUUUGGACCUUGAAAGAAAUGGUAAGAGAAAUUGAGGAAGUUGAAGAAUGGAUGCUGAUUGUCAAAAAAGAAACUGGUUAUGAGGGAAAUAACAUCAAGGUUUGGGAUACCUAUCGAAGUGCUUUAGACCCUGAGGAUGAAGUAAUGGUAGGAAUCCACAGUGAUAUAGAGACGAUAGUUAACCGCCUCUGUUAUUCACACUUUAUGAGAUCAGUUUUCACCAUUUUGAGGAAUAGUAACAUUCACAAGUUUCAGAAAUAUGUUGAAAACCCUGUGCUGAAACUACAAGUUAUUUCACUCGUUGGCGAAGGAGGCAUAGGAAAAACUACAUUAGCCAAAAGAGUCUAUGGAAAUCCAACUACCAUUGCUAGCUUUCACAUUCGAGCGUGGGUAGUUUUGUCUAAGGAUGCUAAAUUCAAAGAGAUUCUCAUUGGUCUGUUACGUUGUAUUUCACCAAUAACAAGUGAAAAUUACGACAUGGACUAUGUUCAAAUAGGUAAGCAAUUAUACAAAAGUUUGAUGGGCAAGAAGUACUUAAUUUUUUUGGAUGACAUAUGGGAUAUUGUCCCAUGGAUUGUUAUCCAAGAAUAUUUUCCAGAGAAUUUAAACGGAAGUCGAAUCUUAGUAACUACUCGGUCUAAAGAGGUGGCAGAAGAAUUAAGUGCAAAUCUCUACAAUGUGAAGCAUCAAACUUUAGAGGAUCACUGGGAAUUAUUUUCAAGGAAAGUGUUCGGGCAAAGCCAUUGUGUUCCCAGUGAAUAUGAGAAAAUUGGGAAACGCAUUGUUCGUGGUUGUGGUGGAUUACCCCUAGUAGUUGUUUUAACUUCUGGACUUUUGAUGACAGCAAAAGGGUCUCUAGAAAUAUGGAGAGAUGUUGCCCGAACUUUGGAUGGAGUUGGUAUAUAUGAUGACAGAAUUUCAAAAAUAGUUUCAUUAAGCUACAAGUACUUACCUAGUCAUUUGAAGGCUUGCUUUUAUUAUUUUUGUGUGUUUCCAGAAGACAGUGAGAUUCUAGUUAAGAAAUUAAUCAACUUAUGGGUUGCGGAGGGAUUUAUAAAGCAACAUAACAAUAUGAGUUUAGAAGAAGUGGGAGAGAGUUAUUUGCAUGAUCUCAUUAAUAGAAGUCUAGUUCAAAUUAAUGAGCUAAGUAUUGACGGCAAGGUUAAAUCAUGUAACAUUCAUGAUCGAGUGCACGAGGUUUGUGUGAGACAAGCAAUUGAUGGGAAUACAUUGUGGAUUAUCAAAGACUACUAUGCUCCAAAGGCUUGUCAUUGGUUAAGCUGUCAAACAAGUCAUUGGCCAAUCACUCGAGCGAGUUAUGGGAAUUGUGGUCCUGAUGAAAUCCAUUCUGUUCUUUGCUUUGGUAAAGAUGUAUACCAUUCAAAAUGCAGGUUGGUAUACCCAUGUUUAAAAUUGCUAAGAGUAUUGGAUUUAUCAUUAGUUAAAUGCUCACAAGGCAUGCCUCAUGAAAUAACAGACUUGGUUCAUUUGAGAUACUUGGCUUUAAAUACCAUUGGUUCUCUUUACAAGUUUCGAUUUUUCAAGCUUAAGAAUUUGGUAACUCUCAUAGUUACUUCAUGGAUGGAAAAACGUCAUUUGCAACUACCAUGUGAUAUUUUGGAUUUGCCACAAUUGAGGUAUUUGCAUGUUGACAAGAGAUGUUCACAGUUUCUUCCUUGCUUAGUCAAAAAUGAUCUACAAACUCUUUAUUGGUUGAAAGUUUCUAGCUCCGACGAAAAACCAAACUUCCGAAUGGUUCCAAACCUAAUGGAACUUGGGAUUUACAUUGAAGGCCAAUUGGCGCCUAGCCAUCUAGGUAGCCUCGUGCAUUUACAUCUACUUGAGAAGUUGAAGUUUGAAGUAGGAAGGGUCGAGCGCUUCUGUCUUCCAACAGGUUCUCCACCAAACCUUAAGAAGUUGACACUUUGUUAUACUUAUCUUCCAUGGAAGGAAAUGGACACAAUUGGCAAGUUGCCGCACCUUGAGGUGUUGAAACUAAAAGAUUUCGCCUUUUGUGGCCCAACGUGGGAACCAUCGGAGCAUGACUUUCGAGAAUUAAAGGCACUUCUUAUUUCACGUUCAAAUCUCAAACAUUGGAAUGCAAGUUCUAUUAAUUUCCUAGUUCUGGAGCGCCUUGUCUUAAGUUAUUGCUGGGAAUUGAAACAAGUUCCAAUUAAUUUUGCAAAAAUUACAACACUGAAUUUAAUUGUAUUAGAAUGCUGCUAUUCUUCUCUUGUGACUUCCGCAAUGCAGAUUUCUUCUGCAAAAAGCAAAGCAUUAAAGGGAAAGGCAAAUUGUCCACUUCGUGUUCGUAAAGUUGGAACUAAGGUUGAAUUGCCUAUUAUUGAAAGCUAUGAAGAAGAAAGUGUUAAAAGCUCUGAAGAAAAUAGUGUUGAAACCUCUAAAGAAGAGAGUGUCGGAAGCUCUAAAGAAGAAAGUAUUUCUGGUUUCCAUUUGAUCUUAACAAUUCAACUGUUUGUGCUAUGUGUUUUUCUACUCCAAUGACACCAUGGCUAAGUUGUAACAAUCCACUGUUCAAUUCAGUAUUUUUUUUACUGCAUAUUGAAAUGUUUUAGAACAUAAACUUCCCUCAUAUAUUCAGAAAUCUGCAGAUAUACAUUAUCCAGUGUUCAAUUCAA